AUGGAGGUUUUGUUAGAAUGCGAUGCCCAAGUUGAGAAACCAAGCCGGUGCGACUUGGUCUGGGUUGACGCGCAAAUCUGGGCUCUCGUCUUUGAUAUUUGGGCAGAGCGACAAGCAAUCGCGGGCUAGGGGGGAGCUGGGGCUCUUGCGAGACUAUACCUACUUGGAUAAUACGGGGUUGUAUUGGUCAAUUACCGGCGUUCUGCCACAUGGCAACUUGAGCCGGGGCCCCGACCUCGGCCCCGGUGGAGGGCGGGCCAUCGUACGAUGCAGUAGCCAUGCAUCGCAAUAUGACUCGCUGAAAUCUCUGGAUGUUGAAAAUAUCGAGCGGUUAGUGCUUCGAAACGAAGGUCGGCCUUUUAUUUAACAAGCAGGCAAGUUUCUGUGGCCUAUCGAGGGCCUCUAUGCUCGUUUGAUACACUUUUUGUUUCAGAGAGUCAAGCCGGCCACCCGAUAUCUCGACGCCGUCCACACUUAUAUCAUGGCUCUCAACUACAAACAGACCAAGCUGGUGAAGGACACCGUCCCGGCCCUCCGGGAGCACGGGGAGCGGAUCGCGUCGAUAUUCUACAAGAACAUGCUGCGGGCCCACCCCGAGCUCAACAACUACUUUAACGGCGUCAACCUAAAGAACGGACGGCAGCCUCGGGCCUUGACGGCUGUGAUACUGGGGUUCGCGGCCAACAUCAACAACCUCGCGGAGCAAAUCCCAAAGUUUGAGCGCAUGUGCAACAAGCACUGUUCUCUGAGCAUCAGGCCCGAACACUAUGAGAUCGUCGGCGAGUACCUCAUCCGGGCAUAUGCCGAAGUGCUGGGCCCCGCCAUGACCCCCGAAGUCCAGGUCGCGUGGGAGAGGGCGUAUUCAAUGCUGGCCAAGAUGCUCAUAGGGCGCGAGGCCCAGCUCUACAAGCAGUUCGGGAGCUGGUCGUCGUGGCGCAAGUUCAGGGUCGACAAGGUCGUGCCCGAGUCGGCCGACAUCUACUCGUUCUACCUCGUGCCGCAGGACGGCAAGCCGCUGCCGAGCUUCCUUCCGGGCCAGUACGUGUCGGUGCAGGUGCCCAUGCCCGACGGCUACCUGCAGGCGCGCCAGUACUCGCUCAGCGAGGCCUGGAGGCCCGACUACUACCGCAUCAGCGUCAAGCGCGACGAGGGCCCCGCCUACGCCAACGCCGUGUCCAAGUCGUACCUGCACCCGGGCGCCGUGUCCAACCUGCUGAUCGACAGCGUGGCCGGCGCCGCCGUCGACGUCUCCCACCCCGCCGGCGAGUUCUUCCUCGACACCAAGGAGACCGGCAUGCGCCCGCUGGUCCUCAUCUCGGCCGGCGUCGGCGUCGCGCCCAUGGUGAGCAUCGCCAACGCCGUCACACGGUCGCAGCCGGGCCGCCCCAUCUCGUGGAUCCACGGGUCGCGCAGCGAGCAGGUCCCCUUCCGCGACCACGUCGCCCAGCUCCGCGCGCAGCACCCCGCCAGCUUCCGCACCGCCGUCUUCAAGUCGCGCGUUGUCGAGGGUAUCGACGUCCCCGGCGUCACGUACGACUUUGCGUCGCGCGUUGACCUGGCCCGCCUGAGCCCCGACGAGGACCGCUUGUUCCUCAAGCACGGCGGCACCGAGUACUUCGUCUGCGGCCCCGAGGCGUUCAUGCACGACGUGUCGCUCUAUCUCCGGGCGCAGGGCGUGGCGGCCGCACACAUCAAGAUCGAGACGUUUUCUACGGGCGAUGCGGCGCUCGAGCAGAAGUGAAACGACGAUAAUAAAGGGGGGAGUGUUGGCGAGCGUGUGCUUUCUCUCUCUCGCUCUCUCUCUUUCUCUCUCUCUCUCUCUUUCUAUCUAUCUCUCUUUCUAUCUAUCUCUCUCUCUCUCUCUCUCUCUCUCUCUCUCGGGGCAGGCCUCGAGCGGGACGGGAAAUGAAAUGCACAGCGAGAAACGGGACUAUCUUUCGGGCGGACGGCCAUGUUUAAAGACAAGAUUUUUGUGUAGUAUCUAUUGUUUUAAUAUCUAAUAGAGUAGAGUAGACUUGGACAAUUCUAUAGAAAUCCGGAGCUCCCCUUUCCCCCCUUUUUUUUCUUUUCAGUUUCGGUUUCGGCGCCUUGCGAAAUAGAGGGGGUGGACAAGUGAAAAGUCAAUGUAUAUGUUUUUUUUUGUUUUA